CGACCCACGAUUUUCCGGUGCAAAUGCAACUCAAUAAGUAAUGCAGCAGUUGCAGUCCCCAGGCCAGAAGUAAUUCUGGCUCGUAUUUGUUAAAAAUGAAUAAAGUUUGUGCAGUUCUAGUUAUCCUUAAUUUGUUUUCCAUCGGAACAACAUUUGCCUGUAAUGGGUACAAUCUUACAAUUGUGGAAUCAACCCCAUGUCCCGGGUCACCUGAGUUGGUUACCCUUUCCAAGGACUUCGGACUGAAGCUAACGAAAGACUGUUACCUGGUUUUUACUGGAUGCGUUUCGAAUAAACCUUUCAAAACGGCAGAGAUGCAAUACGCUGUCAGCAGAGGAUCUCAACUCAUAGUUGAGCAGACCCUUGACAUGUGUGCUUAUAAUUUCCUCGAUAGAAAAUGUCCAAUGCCGGAGGGCAAGUACUGCUUCAGCAAUAGCGACAGGCACAACAUCAAAUCUCUCAAGCGUAUCUUGCACACGUUCGUGGGAAACUAUGACGUUGUUUACAAUAUUGCACAUGACGGAGAGUCAUCUUGUGGCACAUUGAAAUUAAAGUUUGGGAAAAAGUAAUCUUUUUUAAGCCACCAAUCUUUGUUGAGGCUCAACACUGAACAUUCCAGUAGUAUGACGUUUUAAUCACAAUGUAAGAUUGGAUAUUACUUACUUAUUUAAGUAACG